AUGGUGAAAGCAGCCAGUGUCGGCAACCAGGCGCUGCUGUUUGAGCAGGUGACCUUGGGCUGGCGGCUUGAUGAGCGAGUUGCAUUGGCCGCUGUGGUGCGUGGUCACCUGCACAACCUUAAAUGGAUGGAGGGGGCGGAGGCCGCUCGCGCUGGUGGUCGAGAGUUUGUCCUUGAUGCCAUGCAGUGGGGCGGGCAUGUGUUGGAGAAGGUAAUAUUGUCUGGCAGUGUGGAGAUCAUGGAAUGGCAGCUACAUGAGCGAGGCUUAACCUGGAUCGGAGAGGAGAUGUUUAAUGCAGCAGCGGAGGCAGGCAGUCCAGCAUUUUUGGAGUGGCUUGUGACCCGGGGCUUCACCGCGGGGCUGAUUGCGAUGUGA